CAUCUCCCUUGACAACGAAACUCGGCGUCGUUAGCAACGGUGCUUUGCCAGUAGAAUACAAGAUAACAUGUCUGAAUUACGCAAGCAAGAGAGUGUGGAUGAUAUCAAGAAGAUAGUCCAUACAUAUCCUUUACUACGGCAUACUGAUAUGUCAGAGGAAAUGAAGACAGAGACGAUGGAACUAAUUGUAACCGCAUGUGAGAAGCAUCAGACAAAUAACGAAAGUGCUGCUCGUGUGAUCAAGGAAACAAUGGACAAGAGAUAUGGUGCUACCUGGCAUUGCGUUGUUGGUGAGGCUUUUGGUUUUGAGGUCUCGUAUGAAGUAAAGAACCUGCUUUACAUGUUCUUUGCAGGCAACCUUGCAAUUGCUGUGUGGAAGUGUUGUUAAUCUGUAAUUCUUCUCUCUCAGUCAUAAAUAUAGUUUCUCCCUUUAUGCCCAGAUUCACAGCUGGUCUGGAUCUUUUUUAAUUAAAUAAUAUGCAAUUUUUUAUUUUACUGUUAAUUUUUUUCUUUUUAUCUGAGGUGCUAAACUUCAGGACUCAUAAAAUUAGUUUUCUUUCUGAUUAAAGAUAUAGGUUCUUAGCUGAAUUUGUUUUGCCGUCAUUCUUAAAAGUUGUUCAUAUAGGAAGUACAUUUGUUUUAAAUGAUUGUUUCACUUUGUGUUAUUUACUUGUUUAAUGUAUACUGUGUAUACACAUCAUGAUUUACUUUUUUACCUUCUUUGUAGAUCUGUACAUUCCAUUUAAUUAUUCCUAGACAGAUUGAUAGUUUUGUUAUAUUAUCAAGGCCAUCUUUCAGAAUGAAAAAGUCAUGUACCUUCUAUAUAUGCCAAAAUUGCUUUUUGUGUUACUGAUGUGCAAUACUCAGAUUAUUUAGUGAUGAAGGAAUUAUAUAUAUACAUAUUAUUUUUUAUCCAAAUAUAUAAAAUUACAUGAUGUAGUGUAACUAUCUCUAAAACAUGUGAUGUCUACCAGACUAAAACAUGUGAUGUCUACCAGAUUCAAUUGUUAGAACUGCACAGAAUAUCUAAUUAUGGUAACAGUUUUACUUCCAUGACCAUAUUAUUGCCUCAUUUAUUAUUAUUGUUGUGAUUUAGAUUUGCCAAGGUGUUUUGAUAUUGUGGUUAAAUGUUUGUAUUGGCUUUUAAGAAAUGCAUUUAUGAAAUGAUUAUGAAUUUUAAGUUCUCGUAUGGACUUAUGAUUAUUCUUGUAAUUGAGGCCAUUUAGAAAUAUGCUUUUCAUCUAGCCAGUGUUUUUCAUUUAAGUGUAAAGCCAGUGUUGGUUCAGUAUUUUUACCAUAAAACACCUAUGCAGAUACACAGAAUUACUGAACAAAAUUAGGUGACAUGUUAUUUCAAUUUUAAAAGAGCUUAUAUGUUG